AUGAGGGAUCCUACCACUUGCACCGUCCUCUACAAGAUCCUGACUCCGCAGGAGAAGGAUGCGCUCCCUGCCACCAACUGGGCCGGGACCGCUCUUGAUACCAAGGACGGCUUUAUCCACCUCUCGUCGGCAGAUCAGCUCGCUGGUACACUGGAACGCUUCUUCAGCCCUGCGACUGGCUGCGGCGACACUCUCUACCUCUACACUUUCGACCGAGCUACCGUGGACAAGCCGCGUGAAACGCCCAUCAAGCUUCAAUUCGACCCGGCGAUCGGCACUUUCUUCGGCCACAUCUACGGCAGCAUCAACCCGCAGUCGGACUUCUCGGACCCCAUCGAGAUCAAGCGUUCCAGCUCCUCGGGUCUCUUCGAGCUCCCUUCCCUGCAGUUUUGA